AUGUUGCUGACCUCAUUUCGUUGUGGAUUUGUCCCGUUCUCCUUCGUUUGUGUGAAGUCUGCGUCUGGAAAGUGUCCGACGAGAACGUCGCUAAAACGUCAGCUCAAAAUAGGAGCUCGAUAUGUGGUCGACUUCGUGGACGACUGGUCGCGUUCCGUUAAGAAUACCUCUUCAAGCAAAGUUGUAACGGAAAAUGAUGAAAGGGCGAGUACAUAG